UCUCCCUCACUCCGCUGUUGGACUCUUCUUGCUUCGGACUCUGACUGAAGGCAGAAAAUAUGAAAUAGGAUUUUAUACAACAAAGUUUUCCAGCUCGGCCAUCGGAGCGUCGAUGCGAAGCUUCUGCAGAAACUCGCCGGUUUUGUUUCCUCUUUUCUUGGGAAAAAAGGAAAUCUGGGAGUCGCGCCAUGGUCUGUGUGGAGGAUCUGCUCAAUCCAGGACCAUGACCUCCUCCAGCGGCAGAACCCGCUCUGCUCCUUCUCAAGGCGUCCAAAUGACAUGAAGGCUUGAAGGUUUGAGGAUACAGCACCCCCUGCUGGACUCCGGCUGCAGCUGCAGGCAAUGGCCGAGCCCAGUUACUCCGACCUGAUCGCCAAACAUUACAACUACACCGGCAAGUUCCGCAAGUCGACCCAGCAGGACUCGGGUCUGAAGGCAGACUCGGUGAUCUUCAUCAUCGUCUGCUGCUUCAUCAUCAUGGAGAACAUCCUGGUCCUGACCACCAUCUGGAGGACCAAGAAGUUCCACAAACCAAUGUACUACUUCAUCGGGAACCUGGCGUUGUCCGACCUGCUGGCCGGCGUCGUCUACACCGCCAACAUCCUGCUGUCCGGCGCCAACACCUACAAGCUGACCCCGACGCAGUGGUUCUUCAGGGAAGGCAGCAUGUUCGUGGCGCUGGCGGCCUCCGUCUUCAGCCUGUUGGCCAUCGCCAUCGAGCGCCACCUCACCAUGCUGAAGAUGAAGCUGCACAACAACGGGAACACGUUCCGGGUCUUCCUGCUGAUCAGCACCGUGUGGAUGAUCGCGGCGGUGCUGGGCGGACUGCCGGUGGUGGGCUGGAACUGCAUCCGGAGCCUGCCGCAGUGCUCCACCGUGCUGCCGUUAUACCAUAAGACCUACAUCCUGUUCUGCACCACCGUCUUCAGCAUCAUCCUCAUGGCCAUUGUGGUGCUCUACGCCCGGAUCUACGCUCUGGUGCGCACCCGCAGCCGCAAACUAGUCUUCCGCAAAGUCACCAACGGCCGAGGCAGCGGCAGCACCAACAACAAGAGCUCGGAGAAGUCGAUGGCGCUCCUGAAGACCGUCAUCAUCGUCCUGAGCUGCUUCAUCGCCUGCUGGGCGCCGCUGUUCGUCCUGCUGCUGCUGGACGUGGCGUGUGAGACCCUGACCUGCCCCAUCCUCUACAAGGCCGAGUGGUUCCUGGCGCUCGCCGUCCUGAACUCCGCCAUGAACCCGCUCAUCUACACGCUGACCAGCAACGAGAUGCGCCGGGCCUUCCUCAAGACGCUGCUCUGCUGCACCGCCUGGAUCCGGCCCAAACCCAAGUUCACGGGACCGAUCAUGGGCGCGGAGUUCAGCCGCAGCAAGUCCGAUAACUCCUCACAUCCCAACAAGGAGGAGGCGGAGUACUCACCCAAGGAGACGACGGUGGUGUCGUCCGGGAACCUCACCUCGUCGUCAUAAACACAGAGACGUGGACGGCUCAGACUCAUUGGAUCGGAACUCUUUGGACUAAUGGAGACUCUCCAAACUGAUGAAACCCGAUUAGUGGAAAUCCACUCUGCAUGUAGCUCUUAAUGUCCGUCCGGCGUAAUGUUGGACCCCAGUCCAAUGUGAACUGGUGUUGUGAAUGAAACAGAACAUUUUCCUGAAGAGAAGGCGACGGGAUACUGGGAGCACUGGGAGGGAAACGGGUUUUUUCUUUAACCAGACUUUAUUCUCACCCUUCUAGACCAACUAGAACUUGAGGCACUUAAAUACAUUACUGCCAAUUAUUUAAGAGAUUAGUUCCUAUAAAAUGUCUCUCCUCCACUGCACUUAAAGAAACACCAUAAUCUGGAGACCUGGGUGUGAAAUCCACCAUCAGGGCCAGGCUGAGAAAAAAAUCUAAUUAUGAGAAUAAAGUUUUACAACAGCAAGUAAAAAAAUGAGAAUAAAUGAAUAUCACUGAAAAAAAGUUCUACAGCAAGUCAAAAAUACUAAAAUAAUCUAAUUUCAAGAAAAAAGUUUGUACGACAUAAAGUCAUAUUAUGAGAUACAGUCAUAACAAUCCAAGAAAAAAAAAGUCAUAAUAAUACAUAAAAAGUUAUAUUACAAAUCUUACAAAAAUAAAGACACAAUAAUAUGAAAAUAAAUUCAUUAUAUUACAAGAAAAAGUCAGAAUAUUACCAGAAUAAAGUUUGACAAAAAAGUCACAUGAUCACUUCUGUAAGAAUCAGAAAAAAUCUGAAUAAAACGAGAAACAACAAAGAAAAAAGAUACAACAAAAAGUUUUAAGAAAAAAGUCAUAUGGCAAAAAUUCAUAUUAUGAGAAUAAAGUCGAAAGAAUACAGGAAAAAAGUCUUAAUAAUAUGGGAAUAAACUCAUUUUACCAGAAUUGUUACAAUAUUUGUAGACUAAAGUAGUAAUUUUAUAAACUUAAUCUUUUAAUACAUCAGUAUCAAAAUGUGCCAGUAGCAGAACUUUGAAGAGAUUAAAUAACUAAUUUGAAGAAACAAUCACAGAGCAAAAUUCAAUAUUUUUAUAGUAAUUUUUUUUCUGGUAUUUUUGUGUCUUUAUUCUGCUAAUAUUAUGACUUUAUUCUUGUAAUAAUAAUAGUAAUAAUGAAAAUGACUAAUCCUGGCCCCUCUGGCUGUUUCCUGUUUGCUUUUUAAUCUCAUAAAUAGAAGAAAUGAAUCCAAAUAUCAACUUUUUAGCCAUUUUACACCAUUCAAGAACUAACCAGUACAAAUAAAAAAAAACAACGUUUUUAUUUGUAAAAAAUAAAUAAAUAAAAAAAAUCUUAAAAUAUAAAUGAGAAAAAACAUUUGUUUUAAACUAAACAAUUACUAAGUUUUAAAAAAUAAUAAAAAUUGAGGUUUGAAUUGAUAAUUAUUUCUUAUUUGUCUGGGUACAUUUUAAUUUCACAAUAUUUUUGUAAGUUAUCAAAUUUUUUAUCUUUAAAAAUAAAAACACAUAGGGUGGAAAUUAUUAAUUGAUGUAUUUUCUUUUUUAAAUUAAAUUUAUAAAUUCAAGUUAACAUAUUACUUUAAUUAUUAUCACAUAAUUGGACAUUUUCACAGUUUUUUUGGUUAUUAUUUCACCCAGAAAGCAGUUCUGAUAAUUAUGGAAUUUAAUUGAACAUUUUUGGUGAUUAAUAUGAAGCUUUAUUUUUGUGUUAUUUGGCCCAGUUAUGUUUUCCAUUGGUAAUAAAAACCCAAACAAUAACUAGUAAUCAUAAUGUGUUUUAUUCUAGUAAAAUAAGCGGCUGAAGGAAAAAAAGCAGUUUUUUGUAGGUUUGAGUGGAAACAAUUUGUGCUUGUGAUUUCAUGUUACUGCAGGUAAUUUAGGACAUUUUAAGACUUUUUAAAAUAGAUUUUUAGCCUUUUUGGUUUGAAGAUUCAGAAAAUUACUUUUUUCUUUGCCGUUUCCGUUUAUUUAAAGCAGAAAUAAAGAGUUUUGUGGCAUUACAGAAUCAACAUGUGGAACUGAAAAAUCACAGAUAGAACAUGAUUUUAAAUAAUUGGCACAAAAUAUAUGUAACAGAAUUUUUUAAAUUUCAUUUUUGUUUUCUGGAUUCCCAGUUUAUUUACAGCAUGACGACCCAAAUUCACGGUUUCACCUGUUAUAUUCAUGUAAAAACUGUUUAGUUUUGUUUUUUGGUAAAAAUGGUAGAAUCUGUUUGACUGAAUGUGUUUUCUACGUUUGGUGUGUUUGUUGUGUUUGUUGUGUUGCUGGUGAACUUAGAUUAGUUUUUAUUAAUUUAUACGUGACACUAAAAUCUUAAAUAAAUUCUUAGCGUUCAUGUCACAGAUCCACAAAAUUUCCGUUAUGAGCAGAGAGAUCACCGAAACAAAGUGAGAACAAAAGGAGAAAAAACAAAAUGGAAAAACUUUUUGGCACAAACAGCCUCCCGUAGAGCUGCAGCGUUUUUCUGUCGAUAGUCCAGAUGUUCCUGCUCUGUUUGACUCCAGAUGUUUGAUUGAUUAUUAGAACUUAAUAAAAGAAGGAAUAAAAACACAGA